CAGGGACAUGGGGAGAUUAGAAGAAAGGUGGAAGAAAAGAAAACUCUAUGUUUCGUCUUUCCGCACAGAAACAAGAAAAGAAAGAAAAUAUUCUAUAUAAUAUACUGUAUUUUUUAAAAUCUCAAAUCCAAUUAAUUUAAUUGGAGAUUCAAAAGGGCAAAAAAAAAAGGCUACCGAUCGGCGAUUGCGUGUUCAUAAGAAAGGGGAGGCCUUUUUGUUUUGUUGUUUCGUUUGCUUUUAUUUUUUUUUCUUCUUCAAGGAGGAGAUUUCGGAAAUUACGAAUAAUGGUGUCGGCGAAUAAGGAGAUGGCCGUCUACUGCUUCGACACUCUGCUCGCUCACUACAACGGCGAGGAGGCUCCGCCUCCGGCCUUCGAGGACGGCGAACACCCAUUGUUUGUCACAUGGAAGAAAGUGGUGAAUGGAGGGGAGCCUCGUUUGCGAGGAUGUAUUGGCACUCUUGACGCUCGUCGCCUGACUACCGGCUUUAGGGACUAUGCUCUGACCAGUGCUUUGAAGGAUCGGAGAUUCCCCCCCAUACAAGCUAAAGAACUGCCUUCCUUAGAAUGUACAGUUUCAGUUCUGACUGAUUAUGAAACAGCUAACAACUAUCUUGACUGGGAGAUUGGGAAGCAUGGCAUAAGUAUUGCGUUUACUGAUCCUGGCUGUAAUAUGAGGCUAAGAGCCACAUAUUUACCUGAGGUUGCUGCUCAUGAAGGUUGGACCAAAGUGGAGGCUAUUGAGUCACUGAUGCGUAAAGCAGGGUAUGAUGGCGCUAUCACUGAGGCUCUAAGGGAGAGUGUAAAUCUGACCCGUUACCAGAGCACAAUAUUUACCAUGCCUUACAGCGACUACAUUUCUUACAUCAAAGCAACAAGGGGUGUGGCUCCUUCAUUUGCUGGUGCUAAGCUCAACCAUUGAUUCUUUCAAACCAGCUAUUUCGGCAAAAGCUGCUGGUUUGGCUACAUGAAAGACUAUUUAAACAAAACAAAAUGGGAUGAAAUUGAUUUGAUUGUGUUCCUACCCAUGUUGAUUUGUCAAUUUAAUGACCUGUCUAUUUAAUUCUUCAAAUUCAUUUGAUUUUGAAGAAAGAAACCAAAAACAAACAUGCAUGAUGUGAAUUCAGUUGUCUGUGUUGUGUCUACUUUUACCCAGAAUGGGAUGAGUUCUCUGGGAAAGCUGUAUGUCCAAGACUCUCACCCACCGUGACUUGGAGGUUCAUUCCAGGGUGUGUUUAUUUACAUCUUCCAAUAAAUUAUUCAUAUCUUU